CACUUCGGUUCCGGGUGAGCGACAAAGCCUGGGGGCAGCGCGGAGUGGCGGCCAACGUGACAGUGGUAGUGCGUGAACUCAGCCCCGACGCCCUCACCCACGCCACGCCCCUCACCCUCACGCCCACCACGCCCGCACGCCUCACCAAGGGAUGGACGCCUUCAGGAGGCGGUGGCGUACUGGGGAAGCUUCUACAGGAGGUUCUGAAAGUGGUCGGCGAUCGGAACACCUCAGGCCAAAGAAACAAGGUGGAGGUGGUCUCAGUCUACGGCGGCCACUCCCCGUACCACCACCACAGCCACCACCACCACGACCACCACUACUACUACUCCGAUACCACCACGUCCAUCACCACCAACAACAACAACCAGCAUCUUCACCAGCCGCGUAAACCACAUCAUAACUACCACAACUACUACCAUUACUACAACAACAAGAACAACAGGAAGGGCGGCACGGACAUAAAUGGUUCGUCUCAAAGUGGAUCGGAGGAGGAAGGGACAAGAGGAGGAGAGGGAGAGAAGGGGGAAGAUAAGGAUAGCGCUGGUCUGCCCCCUCCACCGCCCUCCGCGUGUGUAUGGCUCAGUGUUAUGGGUUCUGAUGGAGCGUUUCUGAACCCCGUCAAGCUACAGGGACUUCUCGGCCUGCACGUGAGAAAGCUGGAGGAAGCCACGAAGCUGAGGGUGGAUCUGGAGUCCCCCGAGGAGGCUGGGCGGCGCCUGGAGGACACGGAGAGCUCGCCCCUAUCCGGACACCACCAGCCAGGCGACCCCUCCUCCGCCGCCUCCCUGGCCUCCACCGCCCUCCCGCUACAGGUCGUGGACACCAACGCAACGUCUCUGGUCACGCCCCGCCUCAGCCGCGCCCUGUCCUGCCGCGCCCACGAACCGGAGACCUGCACGCCCUCCUCAUGCCUCAAUGGGGGGCGCUGCCUGCCUCACUCCUCCGGCAACAGGUGUGUGUGUCCAGGAGGCGCAGAGGGAUGGCAAUGUAAGGUCCUCUCCCGCACCUUCCGUGGCUCCGGUUGGGCGUGGGUGCCUCCCCUUCCUCGCUGCCUGCCCACCACUGUGUCCCUGCGGCUGCUCACACGAAACCCACACGCCCUCCUCCUCUACGCCGGUCCCAUGGCACCCACGCAGCGGCCAGAGGACACGGUACCCACGCCCAUGCUCGCCCUUCAGCUGAGAAAUGGUCGUCCACAGCUCCUAGUUGAGGGCAGCGUUGAGCCUAUGAAGGUGGAGGUGAAUGUGACUCUGACGGACGGAGAGUGGCACGAUUUGCACGUCCACCUUGAUGCCCAGGGCGCGGCGCUGAUGGUGGAUCGGUGCGGCCGCGGGUGGGAGCACGGAGCUGACACACCCGCCCACUGCCUAGCGAGGAUGCCGUGGGUGGGGCCGUGGGGGCUGGAGGCUUGGCCGGGGUCUGGUCCGCUUCAGGUUGGUGGGUUCGCGCACUCCCCGCCCACGGCCGAGCAGCACAGGUGGGGGGAGGCUCCCAUCCCCCGCCCCUUCCACGGCUGUCUCUCGCACCUUACCUUGAACGGACAACUGGUGGAUCUCGGGGAGCCACCUCACAGUGGGGGCAGCGAGCCUGGUUGCCGACCACAGGAGGCAGCAUGUUCCGGGGGCGUGGGCAGCUGCGGGUACCGGGGGGCAUGCGUGGGCGGCCUCAAUCACCCGGAGUGCCAGUGCGAGCCGGGGUGGGCGGGGGUGGAGUGUCGGACGCCCACUCUACCCUCGACGCUGGCCCAGGGCUCGUAUAUGAGGGUGGCGCUGUCCUUCACGCCGCCGCCCACCGCCCUAACGCUGCAGGCCAGGGUGAGGGUGUCCGGGGCUGCCUCGGGGAUACUGGUGCAUGUGACGGCCCAGCACCACGCGGCCACCUUUACCCUGCAUCUCCGCUCCGGCAUCGUCUGCGCCUCCCUCACCGGUGCUGGCAUGGGCGUACGGGAGGCGUGCGUGGAGGGCCGAGGCAUUGGGGACGGCGCGUGGCAUACCGUCUUUGGGGAGCGCCACGGUCAUAAUUUACUGGUGGGCGUGGACGACGGGGACGGCUGGCGACGGAAUGAGACUCUUCCGUCGCUGCGGGCGUGGAGGGGGCGGGUGCGAGGGCGUGGUAAUGGCCUCGGCGACACGUCUACGCCCCCGCCCUUCCCGCCGCCCUUGGCCCUGGUGGUGGACAAACAUGAGGGGAUCACGGUGGGCGGCCUGCCAAGACUGGUCGGCGUGAAGGUGGUGGGCGUCGCCGAGGACUUGACAGAAGCCUGCAUUGACGACAUCAGGGUGUCCGGCCGGCACCUUCCCCUCCCCCCUGCGGCCAACGGGACAAGCUGGGGCCAGGUCACCACCGCGCGGCACCUGGCGACAGGAUGUGUGGCGCCCGACCCUUGUCUCAACACCUCCUGCCCCGCCCCGCUCACCUGUGCCGCCACGCCCACCUGGGACACGCCCGCCUGCAGCUGCGGCAGUGGCCGGCGCCAGGUGGAGCGGCACUGUGAAGACGUGAACGAGUGUCUUUGGAAGCCCUGUCUGCACGGCGGCACCUGCACCAACCUGCGGCCCGGCUACCUGUGUCUCUGCGGCCCCGCCCACGCCGGGGAUCACUGUCAAUGGAACACACACGCCCGCACGCCAUCUGCCCUCACCGCCCCCGCCGCCAUUGCCGCCCUCACGGUGUCCUUGGUGGUGCUGCUCAUCCUCGCCCUCGUCGUCUCCCUUCGCCUUCACCGUCACCGCGGGAACUUGUGCGUGAGGGAGCGCGCGGAGGAGGAGGUGGAGGGCGGGACGAAGGAGACGAUGCUGGAGCUGAAGCCGGGAGGACGAGGAGGACGAGGAAGAGACGACCCAGGAGGAGGAGGAGGAGGGAAAGGAAGAGGGAAGUUAGCCUUGAAGGAGGAUGUUGCUCAGGAGAAGUUUCUGGUUCGUCUUCGUCUCAAACUUCAGUCAAGAGGAGGAGCUCGUUCUGAGGCCCUGAAGGAAAGAGACAAAGGCAGCAUAGCAGACAGCAGCAGCGGCAGUAGCAGGCGGGGGUCCGGGAUAGCAGGGGGGAGGGGCGGCGUCACUCCUCCCCCCGUGACCCCCGUGAUGGUGACCCCAAACCCCACGCCUGACCUCGCCCGGGAUGACCUCAGAGCUUACGCCUACGAGGGAGACGGGUCAUCCUCUGGUUCCUUGACCUCAACGAUAUCAGAGCUCAAAGGGGAGAUCAACGCGCGGGAGGAAGGCGAGACGUGCAGUGGCCGCCCAUCAGCCAUUCAGCUCAUCCCCGGCUUCCUCGAGGUCAUGGACUUGCUGAAGAACCUCCCGGAAGCCUCCAGUCGCCCCUCGCCGCUGCAGCACCCACGGAGAAGGGUUCCUGACGCCCCACACUCACCCCCAGUGCCUCCACCUCCGCCUCCACCCUCAGGAGAUGCCCUCGCCGCCGCCGCCGCCAGCAGUAUAGUUUCCUUAGAGCCUGGUGAAGCGAAGGCCAGGACGAGGAUAGCGCAUUUGUCUCCAGCGCGGCGCAAAGGAGGGAAGGAGGAAGGCGCCGAAGGGGAGGUAUCGACUGUCUGCUGACCGAGGACCUCCUGGUGGUGGUUGUGGUGGUGGUGGUGGAGGUGGUGGAGGCUGUGGCGGAGUGUGUGUGUCUGUGUGUGUGAGUGUGUGAUGGUAAGGAUGGUGGUGGUGGGAGUGGGUGUAUAUGCCAUUUCCAGCUACCGUCUUCUGUGUGUGUGUGUGUGUGUGUGUGUGUGUCGGUGUGAAUGUGCUUUUAUCUCUAAUAUCUUAAUCCUCUUCCUCUUGAUUCUUCUUGUUCUUGUUCCUCUUCUAUGUCUUCUUCCUCCUCUUUCUUUCCUCUUCUUUCUCCCCUCAUUCUAUAUUUAUCUCGUUACUUGCUCGCAGUUCUCUCUCUCUCUCUCUCUCUCUCUCUCUCUCUCUCUCUCUCUCUCUCUCUCUCUCUCUCUCUCUCUCUAUCAGUCUAUCUAUCUAACUAUCUUACACACACACACACACACACACACACACACACUCUCUCACACACACACACACACUCCGCACUCCAUG